GACGCAGUAUAAAACAGUCCUCUCAGCCCAUUAUCUCUUUACCUCCUUCUUAUUCAACACAUCUACAAACUCUUCCUACAAGAUGAAGUUUUUACUACUGGUGGCCUUGUUCGCGGCUGCUGCCUCUGUUGACAUUGCCGGACUCCUCGACACAACCUUCUACGAUGUUCAGGGUAACGCUGUCACUUUCAACGAUCUCAAAGGAAAGUACAUCGGCCUCUACUUCUCCGCCUCCUGGUGUGGACCUUGCAGGAGAUUCACUCCUAAACUGAUCGAGGCUUACAACGAUAUCUUGGCAGCUGGCCACGACUUCGAGGUCAUCUGGGUAUCACGUGAUAGGUACGAGGACGCCUCCAACUCCUUCUUCCAGAAGAUGCCGUGGGUGAGACUGCCCUGGUCUGAGAACCACAAGAUUAGCGACUUGUUCUCUCUCACCCAACAGAGGUACAUCCCCGCCCUCACUAUUCUGGAUCCUGACCUGAACGUAGUGAAGCCUCAGGCUCGUUACGAUGCUGAAUACAGGCCCCAGAACUUCCCAUGGAAUUAGCCGGCAUGUAGAUAUUUCAAAUUUAUUUUGGCAAGAUCAAUUAUUUUCGUUGAAAAUAACAAUUGAAAGUGAAACA